CAGGCCUGCGCUGUGGCCGCUGCCUGUGCUUCCAGCGCCCGCAGGUCCGACACUCUGUCGCCCUGCGUGUGGAUGUGUAGUACGAGUGACUGAAAUGCUCCAAGGAUCCCCAUCCUGUGUUUGGUGUCAGUCUGGCAGUACCCUCAGAGCCUCUGGGUUUUGCUGUGUCUGCAGAAAGCACCUCCAGGAGAUCCCAUCCUCUAGCACUAAUGUUUCCACCAGCUUGGAAUUGGACUCCGGAAAGACCUCUGACCUUCUAUCGGGCAUGGGAGUGUCGGCCCUUAAGAAGGACAAGCUGGGCAAUGAAAACACACCACAGGACCUGCUGGUGUCGUCGCCCUGCCUUCCUCCAAAACGGCAGAAGGUGAAGGACAACGAAAAGGACUUUGUUAUCGUGCGCCGGCCAUGGCUGCUCCGAGAGGCAGAGUCAGGUAUUUCUUUGGAUGCACUUCCAGAUGAAUUGCUUUUGGCAAUCUUUGCCUAUUUGCCCCUAAAGGAUUUGCUGAAAGUUUCUAUGAUUUGCAAGAGAUGGCAUCGACUUUCGUUUGAUGAAUCUCUGUGGCAGACUCUUGAUUUGACUGGUGGGAAUCUGCUGCCAGGAGUGCUAGGACAGUUGUUGCCUGCAGGUGUUACUGUGUUCCGCUGCCCGAGAUCUUGCAUUGGGGAUCCGUUGUUUAAAACAAGCAAUCUUCUUAAAAUUCAGCACCUGGAUUUGUCAAACUGCACAGUGUCUGCUGCAGAUCUACACAGUAUUCUUCGUCUGUGUGAAAAGCUGCAGAACCUCAGCUUGGAGGGUCUAGUGCUUUCUGACAGCAUCAUCAACAGCAUUGCUAGAAAUCCCAAUAUGAUACGACUAAACCUCUGUGGAUGCUCAGGGUUUUCUGCAGAAGCCUUGGAGCUGAUGUUGAGCAGCUGUUCUAUGCUGGAGGAGCUGAACUUGUCCUGGUGCGAAUUCACAGCCACUCAUGUCAAAGCAGCAGUCAAUCAUGUUACUUCAAAGGUCACCCAGUUAAAUUUAAGUGGAUACAGAGAGAAUCUACAAAUAGCAGAUGUGAAAACACUCGUGGGGAGAUGUCCUUUGCUUGUCCAUUUAGAUCUCAGUGACAGCAUGAUGUUAAAGCCUGAGUGCUUCCAGUAUUUUAAACAACUUGCAUUCCUACAACACCUGUGCCUUAGCCGUUGUUAUCAGAUAUCACCUGCUGCCUUAGUAGAGCUUGGUGAAAUUCGAACACUGAAGACUCUUCAGGUAUUUGGAAUAGUGACUGAUAGCUCCCUGCAGCUCCUCGAGGAAGCACUGCCUGACAUGAAGAUCAAUGGUUCACACUUUACCAGCAUUGCAAGGCCAACUGUUGGCAAUAAAAAGAGCCAUGAGAUUUGGGGCAUCAAAUGCAGAUUGACACUGAGAAAUCCUAGUUUCUUGUGAUCAUGUACAAUGCACUGGAUGCCAUGGACAUACUGUGCAUUGAAGCUCCUUAGGGAAAAAAGUGCUGGAGCACCUUUUAUCAUAGUACUGUCUAACUUGGUCUUACACGCUAAUAUUGUUUCAUAAUAUUUUGUAUCAGUUUUUUGUACUUAAAACCUUUAGUAAUUUGAUGAUCUGUGAGAAAUUAUGGAAUAUUUCUUUCAGUCUUUAUUUUUUACAGGGGAUCUUUGAAAAAAAUAUUAUGAAACAAAUCACCAUAAUUAAAUAAUGUCAGCCUCUAGCAACUGUCUGCAGCUUCUGGAACAGCUUGCAGAGGUGCCAAAAACAUCUUUAUAAGGUUUAUUAAGGAAUUUGAAGAAUUCAGAAUGAAUACAUACUAAAUAUAUUCAACUGAAGAAAAGGUACAGUAGGAUGAAUGACUCAAACUUGAAAACAGUAAAUUGGGGAUAUUUACACAGAAGCAGCUAAGAAACAGCUCAAUACCUUACAAGUUAUGCAGCAUAAAGGAGCUAUAGUGAAGUUUUUGUUUAGGAGGCCAGAAAGGAAACUUUGGCCUUUAGUAGCCUUCAUUUUUAGCCACAGUGUGAAAAGCCAGUUCAGAAUUAGCAUCUGUAAAAAUAGAUGCUGGUUAUCCAUUAUUUCAUGUUGUGGUCCUAGGUUUUCUGAUUACAUAUUACAGAAACUUCAUGUAGCUUCUGUGAGCCUGAUUGCAGAUAAAACUUUCUCCAAGAUCUUUCAAUGCAACUGAUAAACUGGUAGAAGGAGGAGGGCUCAAAGGGUUCUAGAUAUGACCAAAAACAAAAACCUGGGACUACUCUGUAAGAAUGCUAAAAGGGAGAGAUGCUUUGGUGCUAUCAAGAGACAAAUUUCUCUUUUAUAUUAGUUUGCUUGUAGUAGCACUUCAUGUAUUUGUAUCACUAACCACUAUUGUCUAGAGUUGAUUUUUUUUUUUAAAGUCAUAGGAGAAAUUGAGUAACUGUCCCCAAAGAAAAAAAAAAUAAAGUAUAGGGACAGGUAAUGACUUUAAAUGAACCUUUCAUUUGCAUCUGUUACCAGAGUCCUCAUGCAUAAGCCUAGAAUGUUCCAGCAGGAUUUUUAGCUGAUAAUUCCUAAGGCAAAACUUGGAGCCUCUGUAGGACAUAAACAUGCUGCUGUUUUUCUCAUGAAUGCAGUAAGCAAGCAGCUGAAUUUAUCCAUGGAUGUUUUUAAGAGUAGCCGAUGUAUUACUGUAGGCCUUUGCAUAGAUACAACUUUUCCCACUGCAGUCUUGAGGAAAAGCAUUCAGGAAUGAAUACCUGGUAGUGCAGAACAUAUUAAUUAAUGUGGAAAGGUUGUAUGAGUACUAGAAUUUGAUAUUUAACUUGACUUUCUAGAAUAUAGUAAAUAAAGCAUUAUCUUGCAAUCUAA